CUCUGGGAACCGAGCUUGAACGAGCCUACUCACUGCAGGCUCCGACGACAUCUUAGGUUCGCUCCAGCUCGGCUCGAGAUUGUGUCGAGCUCGAGCGUGAGGCAGCGGGCUCGCUCGAGCUCGGCUGUCGCCUUUUUCCCGUGCGCCGCUUUGAUUCCUUCCCUCCUUCCCCGCCCGCUUCGCGCCGCUGCUCCGCCUACGUCGCUGCUCGUUCCCCGCCCUGCACGUUCCUGCUGGCUGGCUGCCUGCCUGCUCGGUGCGAUUCGGCUGUUUCUUCCGAUCGGGUAAGCGGCGGAGAUGGGUAUCUCGGGUUGAUUGGGAGGGGCGAACUCUUCCUGGAUUUGGAUACCCGCUGCGUCAGGGAGUGUGGCGUGGAAUGUGCUCUGAUUUGAAUUUCCGGUUUGGCGUCAUGGUUUCCGCGGAUUUGCCCGCCCCUUUCUUCCCUUCUUACGAUGGUUCCUGCACGCCUCUGUUUUCCCUUCGCUUAACCGGCACGGUUCGUCGUUCUUUCGAUCCAAUCAUCCUCUAUUUGUAACUCGUGGCUUUUGACCAAUGGAGGCAUUUCUUUUAUUUCCUACAUACUUUCUGGAGGCUGAGGCGGUUCAUGGAAUCUGACCGGAUUACACGUCGAAUCCGAGCAAUCGAGCAGGGCAGGAGAUACGAUUCGGAGCCCUUCAAGAAGAGGGCAUGUGGCGCCUGUUCAAUGACCUGUGGGAUGUGCUAGGAUCCGGAUUUUUCUCAUCCAGGUUUCUCUUAUCCAGCUCCUCGACACCUCAACCCUGUGUCUGUGUCUGUGCAUCGGGAAUUCGGGGUCGUUUGGUUGGUGACCUUCAGAUUUGAGAGGAUAUGGACGACGAGGACUACUCGUGGGUGCGGCGGACGCGGUUCUCCCACUCGGUCGUCCGCUCCAACUCCGGCAGGGAGCAGUUCGGCGCGUUCGUCGAGCAGUUCAACCGCGGCGCCGCGCUGAAGCAGAAGGCGUCUGCCUCGGGGUUCAAGCUCCAUGGCCUCAACAUGGAGCCAGGGACGAGGCUCUUUACCUCCUCCGUUCCGAAGACGAGUUCGCUGAGCGCCCAGCCGAAGCCGAAGGACUCGUCUCCACACGCCGCACUGAGGCAGCAGGAGAAGGCCAGUGAUCAUCCGUUGCAAGAAGCACCGGCGAAGCAGGAUGAAGGCAGGGCUGCAAAUGGGAAGAAGGGAAGCAGCAUCCUUAGCGUGGCCGUCCAUCGCGAGCCCGUGUCGCAGAGCCUGGAGGACGAGAGCCCCGGAGCCCUCGAGUUUUCCUUCCACGCCGACGAGCAGAGCCUGAGGCUGCUGCGAGCGUGCUCCAGCCCCGCUCCUUUCCGGAUCAAGAAAGCGCCAAGGGACGACGCCCUGCCACGCAGCUCGUCGCUUAACGUCCUCGGCGAGGGGCCGAGGGCGAGACCCCCUCUCCCAACUCGCGACGUUCCUGACGUGUUUCAGGAGGCCAAAUCGGCCAGCAAGAGGUUCUCCACUCCGCCGCCGCACCGGAGGUCGAAGUCUUCGCAAGAGCUGAAUGGGGGUCAUCCGGGCAAGCUGAAACAAAGGAAGGAGGGCCUUACCAAUCGAAGGGCGAAGGUUGCUGCGCUCGAGGUGCUUGAGAAAUGGUCUGUUGAUCGCUCUCAGCUGCUCAUUGGGCACAGGUUCGCGUCCGGUGCUCACAGCCGGUUGUUCCAUGGGAUCUACAGAGAGCAGCCUGUUGCGGUCAAGUUCAUCAGACAGCCUGAUGAUGAGGAAGAUGCAGAGCUGGCUGCUCAGCUUGAGAAGCAGUUCAGCACGGAGGUUACCACACUGUCACGUCUCAAUCAUCCUAAUGUCAUUAAGCUGGUUGGAGCAUGCAGCAGUCCACCAGUAUUCUGUGUCAUCACCGAGUUCCUCUCUGGAGGUUCUUUAAGAGCUUUUUUGCACAAGCUGGACCACAAAUCUCUUCCUCUAGACCAGAUUAUCUCAAUUAGCUUGAAUAUCGCACACGGCAUGGAGUACAUUCACUCACAAGGUGUUAUCCAUCGUGAUGUGAAGCCAGAGAACAUCAUAUUUGACGGGGAAGGUUGUGCAAAGAUUGUUGAUUUUGGAAUAGCUUGUGAAGAAGCGUACUGUGACCCUCUGGCGAAUGACACUGGGACUUUCAGAUGGAUGGCUCCAGAGAUGAUGAAGCACAAAUCAUAUGGUCCAAAAGUCGAUGUUUACAGCUUUGGCCUGAUCUUGUGGGAAAUGUUUUCCGGUUCAAUACCUUAUGAAGACCUGACUCCAUUCCAAGCAGCUUUUGCUGUUUUUAACAAGAAUGUGAGGCCGGUCAUUCCUACUAGCUGCCCAGCGCCAGUACGACUUCUGAUUGAGCAAUGUUGGGCCUCGCACCCAGAGAAGAGACCUGAAUUCUGGCAAAUAUUUCAAAUAUUGGAGAAGUUUAAGACGGUUCUUGAGAGAGAUGGAACACUCGACAACAUGCCAAGCUCGCACUGCCAGGAGGCUCAUGAUCACAAGAACUGGCUAGCUCAUUGGGUCCAAAAGAUCAAGCAUAGCCAACCUGAUUUCUCUGGACCUCCGCCGCCAAAACUGUUGUAACUAUUCAACAUCUUCUCCCUUCCAAACUGUGCUAUUCUGAUAGGCCAUAGAAUGUAAUUUUCAGUUCUUUGUGUUGGUAUAUGAAAGAAAGAUCAUUUGUUUAUAGCACUUGCUUUGCUUCACACUGGCAUUGUCCUUUUCAGUUCUUUGUGUUGGUAGAUGAAAGAAAGAUCAUUGUUUAUAGCACUUGCUUUUUCUCAACACACAAAAUGUGCAUACUUAGGAUCCUGAAAAUGCUUCUUCAAGGGAUCGAAAUGUUUCAUAUCGUCAAAUCAAGAACUCAUUCAGACUUCUGGGCGCACAUCGAUAUGUAAAGAUCCCUCUCUUGCAACAUUUCCUGUUUAACUAAGCCAUAUUUGCUAUAGCAGCAUUAUUACCUUCAAGACUGUAUUUCAGCAAUGUUACCAU